AUCACCCAAUCCCACGAAGAAGAUAAAGAGAAGGACAUUGAUGAAUGAAAGGAUUUUGAUGGCUUUAAUAAGGACCAAACUGAGAUGGUUAGAUGACAGGGUCAGAAAAUGUCCAAAGAAGCUGGUGUGUGGGGUGUUCCUGGUAUGAAGUAUAGCAAAAGUGGCCCAAGAAAGGACAAGAAGUCAAGUGGUUACCCAAUCAUGAAAUACCCAAUACUGAUAGGUGUGUCCAUGUGAUUCCAUGUCCACUACUGAAAGCACCUACAAUAGAAAUGAUGAACCAGUCCUUCCGGAUGGUGUUCUUGUUCCAGGAAGUGUCCUGUUCAGACUUCAUCAGUCAGUUCGAAGAGCGACAGCCCAGGAUGCUGGAGUUUCUAGACAAGUUGGAGGAGAUUGCUGUUCAGCUGGACAGGAUGAAUAAGGGUGCAAAGAUCUCCAGUGUGGCAGGCAGCUCAGUGGGGGCGAUUGCAAGUAUACUGUCCAUUGUUGGUUUAGCACUGAUUCCUGUCACAGCGGGAGUUUCUUUGGCUCUGACAAUGACCGGGGUUGGGCUGGGAAUGGGCAGCGCAGUCAACAGUGCUGUCACCACCUUCACAGAGAUCGGAGUAAAUGCUACGUAACAAAAGAAAGCUGGUGAAGCCUUUGAGAGCUUCAUGGAGGAUGUGCAGAGUCUCCAGGAAUGUCGGGAGAAGGUGGCCAAUCAACCAGUCAGCAAAGUGGAAGCAAAUGACGUAGAUGUAGCUGUGGGAGUAGGUGUGGCACUGGCUAAAGUUGGUGCUAAUGUUGGUGCUAAUGUUGGUAAACUGGUGGCUCAGGAGGGGAAAGCCGUAAGUCGCAUAUCCAUGUUGGCUACAGAAAUCCCAGAUAUUGGUCAGGCAGCAGUCAAAGGGCCUAUUGCUCUCUCCAGUGCACCCAGGGCCAGCUCCUUUGUAUUCAAUGGUCUCUUCCUUGGCAUGGAUAUCUUCUUCAUCUGCAAAGACAGCAUCAGUCUGGCUAAAGGCAGCGAGAGUAAAGUCUCAAAGUUCAUCAGAGCCAGAGCUGCUCUGUGGAGCUCAGAGAUGGACUCAUGGCAGAAGAUCCAUGACUCUCUGCACGAAGGCCAGCCGACAUCAGAGAAAAACAAAGUUCGCUGGAGACGCCAUUUUAUCCAAAGUUGA